AUGUUGCAAAUUAACCCCCAGCCCCAAGAAAAACUCACUGAUGAAGCGGAAAAGGUCGACGAGAAGAAAAAAGAUGACAAUUUCAUUAUAGCCAAAGCUGCUUUGCCGUUUCAUAAGCUGCUGAGCUAUGCAGAUGCAUGGGAUUGGAGUUUGAUGGCAUUUGGGACGUUGGGAUCAGUUGUUCAUGGCAUGGCUCAACCCAUUGGAUACUUGUUGCUUGGCAAAGCACUCAAUGCGUUCGGCGACAACAUUAAUGAUACUCAUGCCACGGUCAACGCCCUCUACAAGGUUAUUCCAUACGUAUGGUACAUGGCUUUUGCUACCUUUCCAGCUGGAAUCCUUGAGAUUGGAUGUUGGAUGUAUGCAAGUGAAAGACAAUUGGCUCGUCUAAGAUUAGCUUAUCUAAAAGCAGUACUUAGUCAGGAAAUCGGGGCCUUUGACACAGACUUAACAAGUGGAAAAAUCAUUAGUGGAAUUAGUAAUCACAUGAGUAUCAUACAGGAUGCCAUUGGGGAGAAGUUGGGCCAUUUUCUUUCAAGCUUUGCCACGUUCUUUUCGGGAAUUUUGAUUGCUGCCAUAUGCUCUUGGCAAAUAGCACUUCUUACCUUCAUGGUUGUCCCUCUGAUUCUUGUUAUUGGAGCCACUUACACCAAGAAAAUGAACACUAUUUCAGCUGCCAAAAUGGGUUGCCAUUCACAAGCAACAUCUAUGGUAGAACAGACAAUAUCUCAAAUCAAAACAGUAUACGCAUUUGUUGGAGAAAAUUCAGCAAUCAAAGCGUUCUCACAGUGCAUGAACCAACAGUUUCUCAUAAGCAAAGGAGAGGCUCUAAUAAAAGGAGUUGGAACAGGAAUGUUCCAAACUGUGUCGUUCUGUUCUUGGGCUCUCAUCAUAUGGGUUGGAGCUUUCUUAGUCACUGACAAGAAGGCAAAAGGUGGAGACAUGAUAGCUGCAGUGAUGAGCAUUCUUUUCGGAGCGAUAGCACUUACAUAUGCCGCACCUGAUAUGCAAAUAUUCAAUCAAGCCAAGGCAGCAGGAAGUGAAGUCUUCCAAGUGAUUGAAAGGAGACCCGUUAUAAGUUAUGAUUCUGAAGGAAUGACACUUGAGAAAGUUGAUGGAAACAUCGAAAUACGCGAUGUGUAUUUUUCCUAUCCAUCCCGUCCAGAGAAAGAGAUCCUUAAAGGGUUCUCAUUGUCAAUUCCAGCAGGAAAGGCAGUAGCUCUAGUGGGUAGUAGUGGCUGUGGAAAAAGCACUAUAAUCUCCCUAGUGUCAAGAUUCUAUGAUCCUUCAAAAGGGGAAAUUCUGAUUGAUGAUCAUAACAUUAAGAAUCUGGGUUUGAAGUACCUGAGGAGAAAUGUAGGAUUAGUUUCCCAAGAACCAGCACUCUUUUCAGGAACCGUUAAAGACAACGUGAGAAUAGGUAACAUGGAUGCUGAUGACCAACAGAUCCAGAAGGUAGCAGAGAUGGCUAAUGCACAUUCUUUUAUAUCUCAAUUUCCAAAUCGGUACUUCGAAGAGGUAGGAGAAAGAGGAGUUCAGUUAUCAGGAGGGCAAAAGCAAAGAAUAGCAGUAGCAAGAGCCAUCCUUAAAAACCCUCCAAUUCUUUUGCUUGAUGAGGCCACAAGUGCACUUGAUACUGAGUCAGAGAAACUUGUUCAAGACGCCCUCGAGAGGGCGAUGCAGGGAAGGACAGUUAUCUUGGUCGCACACAGGUUGUCAACUAUUGUUAAUGCAGAUAUAAUUGCAGUUGUACAAAAUGGAAAGAUUAUAGAGACUGGAACUCACAGCAGCCUCCUAGAUACCAGCAAAUUCUACAACAACUUGUGCCAUAUGCAGAACCUUAAUCCAGUUCAUCAAUCAAGAUUUACUACAAGUUCUUCUGAAGAAACUGAAAGUUUCCACCACCAGCUUUCAUCUGAAAACGACACGGAACAAGAAAAGAAACUCACAAAGCCCGAGAUUCAUCUCAGAGAGACUUCCGAGCAAGAUCAGGAACAUGAAAGUAGAAGGAAAACUGCUAUAUUCUUUAGAAUCUGGUUUGGCUUAAGAGAGAGAGAGCUGGCAAAGGUUGCUGUUGGUUCCAUUGCAGCAGCUUUCUCAGGAAUUUCAAAACCUGUCUUUGGAUAUUAUAUUAUCACUAUAGGAAUAGCAUAUUACCAAAAGGAUGCAAAGAGACAAGUUGGAAGGUACUCACUAAUCUUUUCUGUAAUUGGGUUGCUUUCAUUAUGUUCCCACACCUUGCAACAUUACUUCUUUGGAUUGGUUGGGGAAAAGGCGAUGGCAAACCUAAGGCGAGGUUUAUAUUCAGAAGUACUACGCAAUGAAGUGGCGUGGUUUGAGAAACCUGAGAACAACAUUGGCUCACUUACUUCGCGAAUUAUCAGUGACACGACCAUGAUCAAGAUCAUAAUUGCAGAUCGUAUGUCGGUUAUUGUACAGUGCAUCUCCUCCAUACUGAUUGCAACAACUGUAAGUAUGAAAGUUAACUGGAGAAUGGGUCUAGUUGCUUGGGCUGUGAUGCCUUGCCACUUCAUUGGCGGCCUAAUCCAAGCCAAGUCCACUAAAGGCUUUUCAGGUGACAUUGCCGCGUCACAUUCUGAACUUGUUGCCCUUGCUUCCGAGUCUUCAACCAACAUAAGAACUGUAGGAUCUUUUUGCCACGAAGAGCAUAUACUCAGGAAAGCGAAGAAGUCUCUAGAAAGUCCCAUGAGGAAGAGCAGGAUACAAAGUAUCAAGUAUGGCAUAAUUCAAGGCCUUUCCCUUUGCAUGUGGAACAUUGCACAUGCGGUUGCACUGUGGUACACAACGAUUUUGGUGCAUCGAAAUCAAGCAAGCUUUGAAGAUGGCAUAAGAUCUUAUCAGAUAUUCUCUCUCACUGUGCCCUCGAUCACAGAACUAUGGACACUACUUCCUACUGUCAUCUCUGCCAUUAGUGUACUAACUCCUGCAUUUCAAACCCUUGACCGAAAAACUGAAAUUGUACCAGACACGCCAGAAGGGCCGCAUCUUGAUAGGAUCAAAGGGAGUAUUAUAUUCCAAAAUGUCAAGUUCAUCUAUCCAUUAAGGCCGGAAGUAACUGUACUCAACAAUUUCAGUUUGCAAAUUAAGGCAGGGUCCAAGGUGGCUCUCGUUGGCCCAAGCGGAGCUGGGAAAUCUUCCAUUUUAGCCCUUUUGCUCCGAUUCUACAAUCCCAUUAAAGGAAGGAUACUCAUUGAUGAUGAGGACAUAAGAAAGUACAAUUUGAGAUGGUUGAGGGCACAAAUAGGAUUGGUGCAACAAGAGCCUCUUCUCUUUAGUAGCUCGAUUCGAUCCAACAUCUGCUAUGGAAAUGAUGCGGCUUCAGAAACCGAGAUUGUGGAAGUCUCAAGGCAAGCAAGCAUACAUGAAUUCAUAAGUACAUUGCCUGAUGGAUAUGACACGGUGGUCGGGGAAAAGGGGUGCCAACUUUCGGGUGGGCAAAAGCAAAGAGUAGCUAUUGCUAGAGCACUGCUAAAGAGUCCCGCAAUUUUGCUUCUAGAUGAAGCAACAAGUGCUCUUGAUGCUGAGUCUGAGAGAAGCAUUGUGAAUGCUUUGGAGAAGAUAAAUGUAAACACAAGUGGUGGAAUAACAAUGUCCAAGACCACACAGAUCACAGUGGCUCACAGGCUUUCCACAGUGAUGAACUCGGAUACCAUUUUUGUCAUGGACAAAGGUGAGCUUGCGGAAAUGGGUUCUCACUCAAGUUUAAUAACAUCUGAGGGUGUUUAUUCAAGACUAUUUCAGCUUCAAAGUUUGGCGGGAAACUAG